GUGUUGAUGCAUCUAAUGUCACAGCCUGUGUUACCCUGACUUUAGAUCAGGUAAGCUGUGUGUGUGUGUCAUGUGUUUUCCUUCACUAACAUGAAGUUCAACUUGUUAAAGGUUCACAGAGCUGUGAGGAAAUGUCCUUCAAUGACUGCAGUGUGUUCAUCCACUGACGUGUGUUACUGAGAGUCUGAUGAGCUGACAGGAGGAUCAUGAUCAACUCCACACACUUCUCAUAUUUCACACUUGCUGCCUACUCUGACACCGGGCUCUUCAAAUACUUAUACUUCAUCAUUGUGAUGAUUUUAUACAUGAUGAUUAUCUGUGCCAACCUCCUGCUGAUUGUGGUUAUCUGUGUGAACAGAAGCUUACAUGAACCUAUGUACAUGUUUCUGUGCAGCCUGUUUGUAAAUGAACUGUAUGGUAGUACAGGGUUGUUUCCAUUGCUGCUGCUUCAGAUCCUCUCUGACAUUCACACUGUCUCUGCUUCAGCUUGUUUCCUGCAGAUUUUCUGUUUGUACUCUUACGGAGGAAUCGAGUUUUUUAACUUAGCCAUCAUGUCUUAUGACAGAUAUCUGGCCAUCUGUUAUCCUCUGCAGUAUAACACACGCAUGACGUCCAAUAAGAUCGCUGUGCUCACUGCUCUGAUGUGGAUUUACCCUCUGCUUAUCAAUGCUUUGAUCGUGGCUGGUCUGACGUUCCCUUUACAGCUGUGUGGGAACAUCAUUAACAAAGUGUACUGUGACAACUAUUAUGUCAUUAAACUGGCGUGCUCUGACACAAGACUCAAUAACAUCUUUGGACUCACUCACAUGUUCACAGUCAUCUUGGGUCUUAUACUUUUGAUUAUCUACACGUACAUCAGGAUCCUUAAAGUCUGUUUCUCUGGCUCUAAACAGACGAGACAGAAAGCUCUCAGCACCUGCACACCUCACCUCGCCUCUCUGCUCAACUUCUCCAUCGGCUGCUUCUUUGAAAUCGUGCAGAGCAGGUUUAAUAUGAACAAUUUACCAAAUAUAUUACGUAUUUUUUUAUCACUAUACUGGCUCACAUGUCAGCCGCUCAUCAACCCUUUACUGUACGGACUGAAAAUGACCAAAAUACGUGUUUUAUUUAGAAAUAUGCUCUUUAGGGGAAAAACGAGUGUGCUGUGGCAGUUGCAUCUGGGCCUGUUUUGUUUUGAGUCCCAUGGUGGCGGUGUGGCAGUGGUGAAAGUGCUUUACCAGCUUCGCUGCAGCAACCAUUACGCCACUGAUGUAUGCGCUGAAGCCGUCAUUGAUAGCGAGCUGCUGCGUGUGUGCGACGCAUGGCACAGAGUCCCAGGGAACACGCGCUGGGGAGUUAGCUGCCACAAUGUUCCUGGCAUUGUCAUGAACGCAGGCCACCACACGGCCGUUGAGUAG